AUGUCAAGUACGGGGUUCAGCUCUCAGAAUGGGGCAGGAGGACCGCCGUACGCAAAUGGUGAGUACUUUCGCCAUUAGCUAGCUACCUUCUGUUCGCUUCAUAUCUAGCUAAACUAACGUUAACUAGAUAGGCUUUUAUCCGACCUUACCUGACUUGGCUUGUUAGCAAGAUGGCCAGCUUCCUACAGUAGCUUGCUGCCUUGCUAAUAAUGAUGGCUGCUAGUGGGGGGCUAACUUUCUCUUACUCUUGUCGAGACCACAAGUACACAUGUUGUUCAUAUAGCUAGCUACGUUAGUUGGAUAGCUAUAAGUUAGAGCGUUGAUUUCCCUAACUACGACAGCUAGCUAACAUUUAUCUGGCUUAGAAUAGUCCGAUAAAUUAGCUAGCUAAACUUGGUUAUGCAUUAGACACUGACACUAAAUGCAGUUAGCUGGCAAUUCAAAUCAAAUUGUAUUUGUCACAUGCUUCGUAAACAACAGACCUGUGUAGACCAAUGGUGUAUAUAAACCCUGGAUUGCUGAUACUAUGUAUUGGCCAAUAAGAGGCUUUGAAGCCACCGGUCGGCCAUAUUGGCUCUCCUCAGAAAAGCAGUCCUCCAUAGGCAUGAAUGGAAUUCUACAGUAUUUCGUUUAAAUGUUUGUACACGUAUUUUUUGUUGUAGUGGGGACAGUAACGUUAGUACUGUAAAAAUUAUACUUUAAGGAAUAUUUGUAUUUAUUUGUAUGUUUAGCUUACAUAAUAUAAUUUCAAAGUAUGCAUUAAGGUGUCUAAUAGAAAAACGUGUCAAAAAGACAUUUACACAUUUAUAAAUACAUAUCUAUAACAUCCUAAAUGUUUUUUACAAAGGUGUAUAGGCAUUUAGACAGGUUACCUUGCCGUUCUUGGGCACAGGGACUAUGGUGGUCUGCUUGAAAUGUUGUUAUUACAGACUGGGUCAAGGAGAGGUUGAAAACGUCAGUGAAGACACUGGUCAGCGCAUGCUCGGACUACACAUCCUAGUAAUCCGUCUGGCCCCACGUCCUUGUGAAUGUUAACCUGUUUAAAGGUUUUACUCAUAUUUUAUUGGUCUGACAUUCCUCUCCCUGAAUAGUCAAACAUUUAAUCUCCAUAAUAACUGAUGUUUAUGUACAGUUUGACAGCUGUUUUGUAUCAAUAAUCUCAGGGGGGACCGUGAACCAUCCAACUGAACUUAAUCAGACACUUGCAGUCAAACUCAAUCGUUGUUAUUUGUACAGUAGUACUCAUUAUCUUUGUCCAUAGAUAACCCUCUGAUCUCUGGUUUCGACCACAGCCCGACAAGUUCUUUAUAGUGUUUGGCCUGGCUAUUGAUGACGUAAGUAUGAAAUACACAGAGAAUCUCACUGACGGUAGACUGCCGAUAGGUACUUAUCACAGUGGGAGGCCGUUCCUUCUCUUGUUAGAACAAAAGCGGUACCUGCUGCGUGCCAACUCGGUAGCGACAAAUCUGCCAUUUCUACUUGUAGAAUCGCAAUGCUCGUCAGUGGCAAACAACUUUGACUUUAAACCAAUCAGAGAGCACAAACCUCAAUGUAGGGGAGCCAACAGGAGUGACAACAAAAAUGACAAAAUAAGGCAUUUUCUCCCUACAUCCACGGUUAAAUAUCAUGAUCUAGUCACACUUCAUAUGCAAUGUAAGCUAUGGGAUGGUAGCUAGCUAAGUGCACAGAUGCAAUGCACACAACACUAAAUACUUCCUCCAAGCUAGCCAACCACUGCAGCUAGUGUUGACAUAAUUAAAUCCCAAUGCAUUAGUUUCCAUGAAACAGCUGCCUGUGUUAGCUGCCGAAUUAGUGCAGUGUCCUUAGCUAGCUAGCUAUUCUAGCAUAGCAUAUUCACUAGCUACAGUGCCUUCAGAAAGUAUUCAUACCCCUUGACUUAUUCCACAUUUUUUUACAGCGUGAAUUAAAAAUGGCUUAAACAGAUUUUAUUUUCUCACCCAUCAACACACAAUACCCCAUAAUGACAAAGUGAAAACAUGUUUGUACACAUUCUUGCAAAUUAAAUAUAGAAUAAUCUCAUUUACAUAAGUAUUCACAACCCUGAGUCAAUACAUGUUAGAAUCACCUUUGGCAGCGAUUUACAGAUGUGAGUCUUUCUGGCUAAGUCUCUAAGAGCUUUGCACACCUGGAUUGUACAAUAUUUUCCCAUUCUUUUUAAAAUUGUUCAAGCUCUGUCAAAUUGGUAGUACAUCAUUGCUAGACAACCAUUUUCAACUCUUGCCAUAGAUUUUCAAGCAGAUUUAAGGCAAAACUGUAACUCAGCCACUCAGGAACUAUCACGGUCUUCUUGGUAAGCAACUCCAGUGUAGAUAUGGCCUUUUUGUUUUAGGUUAUUAUCCUGCUAAAGGGUGAAUUCAUCUCCCAGAGUCUGGCGGAAAGCAGACUGAACCAGGGUUUCCUCUAGGAUUUUGCCUGUUCUUAGCAGCGUUUCUUUUUUAUUCUGAUAAACUCCCCAGUCCUUAACGAUUACAAGCAUAUCCAUAACAUGAUGCAGACACCACUAUGCUUGAAAAUAUGUAGAGUGGUACUCCGUGGCCUCCAGAGUGGCGUAGUGCUUGAGGCGUCACUACAACCCUGGGUUCGAUCCCAGGCUGUGUCACAGCCGGCCUUGACCGGGAGACCCAUAAGCUGGCGCACAAUUGGCCCAGCGUCGUCUGGGUUAGGGGAGGGUUUGGCCGGCCUGGAUUUCCUUGUCCCAUCGCGCUCUAGCGACUCCUUGUGGCGGGCCGGGCGCCUGCAAGUGGAUUUCGGUCAUCAGCUGUACGGCGUUUCCUCUGACACAUUGGUGUGGCUGGCUUCCGGGUUAAGCGAGCAGUGUCAAGAAGCAGUGCGGCUUGGCAGGGUCGUGUUUCCCGAGUCCGUACAGGAGUUGCAGCGAUGGGACAAGACUGUAACUACCAAUUGGAUAUCACGAAAUUGGGGAGAAAAAGGGGUAAAAAAGAGUGGUACUCCGUAAUGUGUUGUAUUGGAUUUGCCCCAAACAUAUCUUUAUAUUCAGGACAAAAAGUUAAUUGAGUUGUCACAUUUUUUGCAGUAUUACUUUAGUGCCUUGUUGCAAAAAGGAUGCAUGUUUUGGAGUAUUUUUUAUUCUGUAUAGGCUUCCUUUUCACUCUGUCAAUUAGGUUAGUAUUGUGGAGUAACUAUACUGUACAAAAAUAUAAAAGCAACAUGAUAAAGUGUUGGUACCAUGUUUCAUGAGCUGAAAUAAAAGAUCCCAGAAAUGUUCCAUAUGUACAAAAAGCUUAUUUCUCUCAUUCUGUGCACAAAUUUGUUUACAUCCCUGUUAGUGAGCAUUUCUCCUUUGCCAAGAUAAUCCAUCCACCUGACAGGUGUGGCAUAUCAAGAAGCUGAUUAAACUGCAUGAUCAUUAGGUGCACCUUGUGCUAGGGACAAUAAAAGGCCACUCUAAAAUUUGCAGUUUUGUCACACAACACCAUGCCACAGAUUUCUUAAAUUGAGGGAGCAUGCAGUUGGCAUGCUGACUGCAGGAAUGUUCACCAGAGCUGUUGCCAGAGAAUUGAACGUUCAUUUCUCUACCAUAAGCUGCCUCCAACGUUGUUUUAGAGAAUUUGGCAGUUCGUCCACCAGCCACAACCACAGACCACGUCUAACCAUGCAAGCCCAGGACCUCCACAUCCAGCUUCUUCACCUGUGGGAUCAUCUGAGACCAGCCACCCGGAGAGCUGAUGAAACUGUGUAUUUCUGUCUGUAAUAAUGCCUCUUUGUGUUGAAAAACUCAUUCUGAUUGGCUGGGCCUGGCUCCUCCGUCGGUGGACCUAUGCCCUCCCAGGCCCACACAUAGCUGCGCCUCUGCCCAGUCAUGUGAAAUCCAUAGAUUAUGGCCUAUAUCAUUUAUUUCAAUUGACUGAUUUCCUUAUAUGAGCUGUAACUCAGUAAAAUUGUUGCAUGUUGCAUUUGUUAUUGUUCAGUAUACAAUGUUGUUUAUCCAUCCUCAGAAUUCUCCUGUCACAGCCAUUCAACUCUGUAACUGUUUUAAAGUCACCAUUGGCCUCAUGGUGAAAUCCUUGAGCGGUUUUCUUCCUCUCCAGCAACUGAGUUAGGAAGGACGCCUGUAUCUUUGUCGUGACUGGGUGUAUUGAUACACCAUCCAAAGUGUAAUUAAUAACUUCACCAUGCAAAAAACCUCACUGGUCUUUGUGGUUGAAUCUGUGUUUGAAAUGCAUUGGUCUACUGAGGGACCUUACAGAUAAUUGUAUGUGUGGGGUACAGAGAUGAAGUAGUCAUUCAAAAAUCAUGUUAAACACUAUUGCACACGUAGUGAGUCCAUGCAACGUAUUAUGUGACUUGUUAAGUAAAUUUGUACUCCUGAAUUUAUUUAGGCUUGCCAUAACAAAGGGGGUUGAAUACUUAUUGACUCAAUACAUUUUUGCUUUUAAUUGUAAAUUAUUAUUAUUUUUAAAUGCAAAAAUACAUAAUUCCACUGACAUUAUGGGGUAUUGUGACAUCUCAAUUUAAUCAAUUUUAAAUUCAGGCUGUAACACAAUUUCUUUGGGAAAAAGUCACGGUGUGAAUACUUUCUGAAAGCACUGUAUGUUGUGCUAGCCAGCGAAUAUGCUAGUUAGCUAGCUAAACAUUUGGCUAUGGGCUGGCACUGGCAUUAUGGGAUUAUGGAGACUGAAUUAAAUUGUUUCUAAAUCAUCUUGCUAGGUAGUCAUCUAGCUGUGGCCAUCUGGCUAGUAUCAAUAAGGGCUUUCUAUAAAAUAGCAACAUUAGCACAGCUAGCUAGCGAAGAUUGGAAUCUAGACCAUAGACUAUGCAACACACACAGACAUGCAUUGCCAAACAACGCUACUGCCACCUUCUGGUUUGGAGUAUUUUAGCAAGUCUGAGUGGCUGACAACCUUUAAGGUCUUUGCUGUGUGAACAUGAGAUUUUGACUGCCGACACUGUUCAUAUGUGCUAAGUGUUGUCGGCAGGCAAACGUUUGACAAUCCUAUUAGUGUCUAAGCUAUUAUAAAACUCCCUAGGCUAGAGUUAAUCUGGCCUUGAUAUUUUCCUUAUCUCUGCAUUAGAGGCAAUUAAAAGCCUCUACUCCAACGUUGGUCUUUGAACUCUGAUAAAACCGAGAUGCUUCAAACAUCCAUCUUACUAACAGAAUACAGAAAGCCUUCCAUCAGUUCACUAAAUUUUACUGUCCUAUUCUGUUGGUAGCAAAAGCUAGCACUCAAGCGUUAUUGUUCUUGCCAAAGUGGAUUUAAUAUAGGCUGAAUUCAUCCUACUUCGCUUACUGUUUCCACUUUAAGACUAUAGACCCUUGUUGCUGUACAGGAUUUACUUCCUAGUGGUAAGAGUUUAUCUUCAUGUGUGACUCCUACACUUGCCUGGCGUGCUCAUUUGCCUCGUCUUGCUCUUUAAUUGGCUGAGCAGUUGUUAGUUGGCCCAGGCCAGGUUCACUGUGAUUGGAGGAAGCCCUCAACGUGACUGCUGUGGCCGGCUGGCGGCUUCAUUUUGGAGAUUUCCCCGGCACUGCCCAGAAAGACUGGGAUUAUGGGUUUUUGUCUUCGCCAUUGAGAAGUUGUUUUCUAAUCAGUCUGUUCCUCUCUGUUCACACUCGCUGUCAAUAAAGGAGCAGCAUGCUUUAAGUCCAGGUGAGGAGAUUAUAUCCUCCUCUGUAAGUGUGUUUAGUAAUGUGAUUGCUUUGUCAGUCUGUCCACAGAUAGACUUCAGACCUCCAAAAUAAGGAAAACUAUUUAAAUCCUAAUUUCCCUUACUGCAUUUAGCCUAAUAUUUCUGCUGCGGUCAACGUCAUCUAGCCCAAAUCCCCCUUCAGAGCCACAAACUGUUGUAGGCCUAGUCCAUCAAUACUGCCAUGCAGUUCAAAGUGUAGUAAUGAAACAUUGGUUGUAGAGUGAGAUUAUUUUCAUCUGUGUUAUUAACUGGUAUGCAAAUGAGGCAGUCAGCUAUUAUUGAUGGAGUUUGUUUUGCAUGGCCCAGUGCCCUGGGGGUGGACAUGUCACUUAUGGACCAAUGUAAUGGUCUAAAAUGUACAAACUCCGCCCACCCGGUGCACUGGGCCAUGCAAAUUUGACCUCUUAGUUUUUAAUGCAGACUAUAGGGACAUUCACAUGGGAUGUCAGAGUAUGGUACUUGUCUUAAGUCAAACUGGCCUGGAAUCAUCUAACCUCCUGUUAUCAUGAUCCUGUCUUCCAGGUCCCUCACAGAAUCCAGUAGCACUGAAGCCACCGGGACCGGGUUACAACAUGGCCCACCAGACUCCAUACAACCCAAUGCAGGCCAAGAGCCCUAUGCCGCCCGGCCUUGGACUCUAUAACUCUGGUCCCUACCAGCCCAUCCCACCAGUCAGCUCUUACCAGUCCCUUCCAGGUCAGCCCAUGUUAAACAGGCCUCCUAUGGGACCUCCUCAGCCCAUGACCCCUCCUCAGUCUGCCAGCCCUGGCCCAGGCCCCAGGAUGCCCCCAGCGCAGGCCACCCCUCCUCCACCUGUGUCUGCUAACAACUACCAGUACCCCCCAGCCUGGCAGUAUGGGGGGCCUCCACCGAUGGGGGCGCCUCAUCCUAUGGCCAUUCCUCCCCUUGGGCCUGUGGCUAAUCACGUGACCUCCUCGCCCAGCUUGGCACCACCCCAGGCCUCCUCGGCAGGGUACAGCGCAGCCCCUCCUCCUGUCUUCCACAACGCCAUGCAACCCCUGGGGCCUCCCACCUCCCUCCACGGAUACACCCAGCAAGGUAAAACACAGUGCGGGAGGGAGCAGUACAAAGGCUGCAUGAUUAACACACUGUUACAUAUUCUACAGCAGUUUGUUUCUACGAUGAAAAACACUUUGUUGAAAAACCUUUAGAUAUUAUUAUGACAUUGACCUGUUGUUUUGACUGUGUAAUGACACUCCAGGUCGGGAUUAACAACAGUGAAAUGCUAGGUCACUAUGAUUUCAAAGGGACGCACUGGUGGUGGUCUAGUCAAAUAUAUUUUUUAGAACUAACACAAGAUAGACCACAGCCUGUUGUUUCCAAUGGGAAAAAAUGUAUCAUAGUUGGCAAAACAAGCAAGGAGGUGGACAGAGCCAAGCACUAGCUAGCAAGAUCCUAUUGGCGAGUUCUAGCAUGUAUUUUUAUAUUUUCAGUUAGGGAAUGCCUACUAUGUGAAGUGCACAUGUCCAAUAACUCUAUUCGCCCUUGCACUCCUUCUAAACAACGCAAUUGUUUUUAAAUUUGGCAAAGGGUAAAGUCUACAAAACUUAGUCCACUCUGUUCGUAACAGAUUAUAGUUUUGUGAACAGAGCUGUAUUGAGAUCAAAUGUUUCAUUGAUGAGAAAAUUAGCAGGACGUCAGCCAAAAUCAAUCUCUCUCCAUCUUCUCCCACUGCCGGCCACUGGGCUUCCUCUCAUCACAAUAUUUGGUGGUGAGUGGAAAUGCCAACCGGAUGCUUCAGAUUUAUACAUCCAGUGAAACAUCUGGCUCAUUGUUCUUUCGGUGGUCUAGCUAACUGAUGUUGAAAGUGGACAUUGCCCCCUGCUCCCGUUCCCUCAUGAACAGAUCAGAUUGGCUGCACAUAUCCUUCUGGUGAAGUUACUGAAACUCUCAUUUCCAGAGUUCUGAGACAGUUUAGUCACUACUUACCACCGCUGUAGCGGUAUUUGUGGUGUGUGGCUUAUGUUUGGUCAGAAGCCAUCCGUGAUUCAUGAUCAAAGCCAUUAUCGCAUUAUGCAACAACAAUGUGGUGUAAGAAAUAUCACAGUCUGGCUGACACCAUACUCGAAGUCUACUUGACUUCAGAGUCUGGAAAGGCUCCUUUGGCACGAUGCGUCGAUAAUGAAAGGGGCUGUGCUUUUUUACUGAUUGGUUCGUCUCUGUCUUUUCUCACCCAAACACCCCCCGUGGACAGCCAUGUGCAGCCCCCGAGCGCCGCCCCCUUCCAAUACAACUGUUGGAUUUUCAAAUCCAAAUGAGGUCUUGACUCCCCAGGGGAAGAGAACUAGUUUGAGAGAACCGAUCAAAGCUCACAUCAAUUUUUGAGCGAAUAUUGCACCAACAAACUGACUCCUGUCCAGACCAGUGUGCGACAGAUCUCCCACGCUGUGUACCACUUGAGUCGCGUCAGCCAGGCUAACGUUAUCACUGUCAACAAGGAUGACUCCUUGAUGACUGAUUUAACAUGAUUCACUCUAAUCUGUCCAGUUUACUAUUUUCAUUCAAGUUGAUGUGAUGAUGACUGAAUAUUUAUUCACACUCGCAAUCUCUGAAUGACCGAUCUUUGCGGUUGGAAGCAGCAUCAAAGAUUGCUCUCAGUUGGAAUGGCCCAGUGUAGUCUCUGUAGUCACUAGAGGUGUUUCUUCCAGGUCACUGACAUUAGCUAGCUCUGGGUCAGCAGCAUUGGCUGUUGUCAGACUGGUCACCUCCAGUGUAGGGUUAUAAUGCUACUCACCUCGGGCCGUUUUCCCUCUUAUGAAGGAUAGUCCUCUUAUACCCCAUGUCUUAUAGGUUACAUUGUCAUGAUGUAUAGUUGCCAGUUUUAUUGUCUUAGGUUAUGUAAUAGGUUAUCCUUGACCACAGCCAUUGUACAGUGUGAUGUCUGGGCUGGCAGCACAAUACUAUGUAGGUGCCAUUUCUGUAUUAUACAAUUGUUUGGUUGACAAGGUGUUGUUGGACAAGGUUUGAUGUGAUGGGGGUUGUGAUAGGAUACUGUAUAAGAGAUAUGUAAUAUGUGUAGCUAAUGAUCCUAAAUGAUGUGACGUUGAACUGUUGUUGUUGUCCAGGCUCUGCCCCUCCUCCGAUGAACCCCAUGGCGGCUCCUCACUCAUACCAGCCAGGUAUGAGAGCACCUUACGGCCCCCCACCCUCAAUGAGACCCACCCCACCCCCUACUGGACCACCCAUGGGCAAUGCCACCCCUCCCCUUGGCCCCAAGACUGAUGGUAAGGACAUAUCAGUUCUGGUGCCGUAUUCAUAAAAGGUCUGAGUAGGAGUGCUGAUCCUAGUUUGUUUACCUUACUCUUUUAAGCAUUUAUUUUUUUGUGGCUUUGUUGUUGUAAAUGGUAUCUAUUUUUUGGGGGGGGGGGUGUAGUCUGAGUAGUGGUACUAGCUCCAACAGCCACCCCUUUGGGUCUCAUUGCCUUCUCUUUCUUCCCACCAUGCCAGCUCAGUGUGGGGGUGAUGCUAGUGAUGAUGCUCCUCACACUGAGUACGAGAACCAGGAGAAUGAUAUUGAGUGUCCAGGUGUGGUUUCGUCACUAUCAGUGUGUUGUGUCCCCUGUGCAUUUUUGCUGACGAUCACGUUUUAUCCAUUGUCUUCUAUUAGAUUAUUAACAUGGUUUCGCAAGGAACAACAGGCCUAGAGAACUUCCAUGGAUAUUUCAGAUAUCAUCUGUUUACAUUUGAUUCUUUCAAAGUCUGUCUGUCUAUUUUGGUCGUGAUGAGUAUCUAUUUAUCACAUUGUGUCUUUCUGUCUGUCGUUGUGACUGUGAAUUAGGUACAUUGAAUGCGCAAUUCAUAUGUUCUCAACCCUGUGGCAAUGAAACAAAGUACAACCACAACUGACCUGAAACAUAACACAAACAACAUGUAUGCUAAUUACUAAGUUUUCCCAGAACAUUUGGGCAACACUUUUUCCCCAUAAACUAAACAUACAGAUUGUGCCUUUUUAAGUGCUUACACAAAAGUAGUGUAAUGUUUUUAUUAAAUUUUUUAUACAUCUUAUUCUGACCGAAUCUGGAAUCUUUGCACUGUGACAGGAAACAUGCCCACACCUGGUAAUGGCGCUCAAGUUCCCAACAGCUUUGAUCACUUGGAGACGGGCCCUAAAAUGAGUAAGUCCUCUACUACAUCGUAGUUUCAUCAGAAAUGAAUGACUAAUAUAACAUUUUAGUCCCCUAGAUGUACUGCUAGCAACACUCAGAACUGACAUGAGGCCUGUUUUGGUGCUUGUCCCUAUAGCUGGCCCACUCCCGCCCCAGCAGCCGGGCCCCCCUGCUCGACACAUGGGUCUGUCCUACCCCUCUCUACCCCCGGGGUAUCAGAACACCUCCGCACCCCCUAACGCCUCUACCAUGCACCAUCCCAUGCAGCCCUCGACGCAGCCUUACAGCCAUGCGCCUCAUCCAUACCAGCAGGUAAGCGACCAGACUUUGCUCUCUAUGCUUUGUCAAACCAAAUCCAAGACUUAAAGUGACAGCGUUUUAACUACUUUGCAGAUAUGAAACGGACAAUGAUAAUAUCAGUAAAAAAUAUAAAAUUCCCAGUUUAUGCUUCAAAACCAACUUUCUAAGAUGUUUUAAAAAUAGGUUAUAUUUGACUCAAUUCCAGGAAGUACAGUAAGGUGUUGUAGGCAGAAUAAAUGGAUGCAGUUAUAGAUGGAUAGGAGUCCAAAAAAUAUUGCUAUCAAGUUGUAAAUCACAGCUGGCCUGGUACAUUGUCUGCUGCCUCCACCCAUUCAGGAUGCACUGUUAAACUAAGGCUGGGAAUGUCAAUACAGUCAAACUAGCAAGGGCAAUGAUCACAAGUCAGUCAUAACGUGGCUAAUAGGCUAGCGCACAUGUCAAACACCAGGACCGCGGACUGAAUAGGACACACAAGCGAGUAUAAAUGAGUUAACAGUUGAGAUCUACUUUAUGAAAUUACACCUGAGGCGCUGCAUCGGUGAAUUCCACCUCAAUUGCGCGCCUUUCAUGUGUCCCCUUUACAGCGCGCAGCGGAGGGAAAGUGUACAGACACAUGCCACAGUCCUAGCUAGGAUACUAAAAUGUUGCUGUCUGGCUUCGGUUUUUAAAGCUUGACAAUUAAUAACCAAAAAACGAAACCUGCAACAAAACAACAUGCAAAUAAGAAACAUGUAGGCCUAUUACAACAUUUAAGCAGUAGCCUAGGCUUGGUACUCAACUACAAUACAUUUUGAGUGCACUAUACAGCAGUCCUGCAUUGAACCGCACCGGUGAUCCAUGCAGUGCAAUAAAAAAAUAAAAAAAACAUGUUUAAAUGUUGCAACAAACCUAUAGCUACAUUUUUGUUAUUUGGAGUUACUAAAUACUUUUUGAUUAGGGCCGCAGCAUAUUAUGCACAUCUGCAAGCAUAGCAGCAAAGGCUGGGCAGAUAUGAUCUCUUUUAGUUUUAAUAUAUUAAAAUGCUAUGUACAGCAUCCUAUAAGUGGACAUUUAUAAAGGGCCAUAUUUUUUCUAAUAAAACAAUGGGCAGUUUGGGUCACAGUUGCUCUUUUUUUAAACAUGGUAUAUGUCUGGCCUGCAAAUUCAUAGUUUUUUCAAUAUGGACCGUGCGCUGAUUGAGUUUGACACCCCUGGGAUAGUGUAUCUGUUUAGCAAGUUAAAAACACGGAGCCUAACGUUAGCUGCUGGGAGGAUGUCAUGUCAUUGGAGGAGUGGGUGAGUGACCAACCUUUUCCCCUCAUCGUUUUUCAGUGGCUACAUACAGCUCGAGAGGCAGGUGUCAUUUGGUUAGCUAGCAAGAAAUGUGAAUCGCUUUCCUAGCUAGCUAGCUAUGCUGAGCUCGAACGACUGUUAACCACAGUUAGCAUAUGUCUUAGUUGCAUAUCAAAUAUAUUUGGCAUCGUUCAAAUGGGCGGGCAGGCAUCAAAACGUAGGUUGUUACAAGCAUGGAUUGGCAGGCAAGCUGCUGAAGGACGAGCAGGCUAUUAUUCCCAGUUUUUUCAGUGCAAUUUUGACAGCCAACUACCUUUUUUAUUUUUUUUAUUUUUGAGAAUCUGAUGUUUCCUUGUUAGAUUUUAGCUUAUAUCGCUCUGGCUAGCAUUAGUUGUUGAUCUUGUUGUUGAUGUGCAUAGGCAACUGGGGGAGAGAGCCUACCUUUUCAUGGUUGUUUGAUCAAUAGGACUGUGAAGUUCCCAAAUGUAAGAGGACUCCCGUGGUAUUUACAUAUUUGCAGAAAUCCAUUCAUGUGUAUUUUGUGGCUUUUGGUGAAUGCGUUCUAAUGAUCUAAAGUCGCGCUGUUGCUACUGCCUGUAAACACACAGUCCAGUUCAAAGUGAGUGAUGGCAGGCCCGUGUUGCAAAUGGCUUAUUUGCAUAUAGGCCUACUGUAUCUCUGAUUGGCUAUGGCGCACCGGUCUGCAUAGACUCUGUUCCUGGACAAGACAGAUGUUUUUAUUUACUGCAGUGUCUAUUAAUUGUUCAAACGCACUGCCGCUUUCCCACUCUAUAUUGCUAUAGAAUUUUCACAAAUGCCUUGCUAAACAAAAUUCCCAAACAUUCUGUGAAUUUAUGAAAAUGUGAAAAUGACCAUAUCUAAGUGCUCGUGUGUCAAAAAAUAAAGGCUUUUCUUCCUGAAUGUUGAAAUAGGACAUGCAUAGACUGAAAUAUUGAAACUUACCAGGGAUGCAUCCCACGUGCACUACUUUCUGAUCCCCCAAGGGUGCACCCAAGUUAAGUGCUGCCUCAUUCAUUGUAGUCACCACUUUACUGUCCUAUGUUUCCUCCCCAGCCCUCUGCAGGUCCAGCCCAACUGAGCCCCUCCUUGGCUGGGUUGAGUCUGCAGUCCCAGACCCCAGAGGCCCUGAGGGUGGUCAACCUGCUGCAGGAGAGGAACCUGCUCCCUCCGGGCCCAGUCACCCCUCCUACGCCCUGCCUUCCCCAGGACCUGCAGAAAAUCAACUGCCACCCAGAGUGAGUAGUAGUUUGUCUGGCAUUGUUUCUCAAUGUCAACUCCCAUCACAAUGUUGAAUAUUGUGUGUUAAUGUGCUUGAACUUGGCCCUACAUGUAGAUAAUAUGUACUGGUUCUGACCUGUUGUGCAUCUCCCUCCUUUCACUACAGUGUCUUCCGGAGUACCCUGACCAGCAUCCCCCAGACCCAGUCUCUGUUAAACAAAGCCAAACUCCCACUCGGCUUGCUCCUCCACCCCUUCAAAGAUCUCUCGGUAAGACAUUGACCACUCCCUCCCAACAUGCAAAACACGCCCAACCUUCAGUAGAAUCUUCCUUCUACCCAUCCCACUUCUAGUAAAAGAUCAAAGGAUCAUAUAGUCUAGAAUAAUUAUGUUCAAUCUACGCAUCUAUGAUCAUGUCUGAAAUGUAAUUUUAUGUUUAAGAUUUGUGUGAAACUUGGCAUUGAUGAUUGUCAUAGGACAUGUUAGGCUAUCUUAAUGUUUCUCUGUGCACUGCAGCAACUAGCUGUAUUGUAAGUUUAAAUUAUUCAAGAGCUGAUAUCAUUAAAAUGUGUGCACUAAUCCCAGAUUGCCCCUUUUUUUUAUUGUUUGGUUUGUUUGUACACUGCAGCAACUGCCUGUGGUCACCUCCAGCACUAUAGUGAGGUGUCGCUCCUGCAGGACGUAUAUCAACCCCUUUGUGACCUUCCUGGACCAGAGGAGAUGGAAGUGUAACCUGUGCUACCGGGUCAACGAUGGUGAGGACCACAGCCACCAAGCUCAUCUCAAAUGACGCCCUAUUCCCAUAUAUUGCACUACUUUUGACCACAUUCAAUGUUCAUUAUUUCAUUAAACACUCAAAUUAUGUUUUGAGAAGUUAGGCUGGUCUGAAGCUGAAAAAGAAAAAGAAAGGAAAUUCACAUGAGCACCACAAGGACUACCUUGACCCAUGCUCUACCAAGGUUUUCCAGCACGCCGCUUUGACCUAAACGUCCAGAAUAUCAUUAACCUGAUGAUAAUAGUGAUGAUGGACAAGGACAAGCCUGGUGCUGCUCUUUUCUGACUGUGAUGAUAACCGCCAUCUUUGUGUUUGGUGUAGUGCCAGAGGAGUUCAUGUACAACCCAGUCAGCAGAUCGUAUGGAGAGCCACACAAAAGACCUGAGGUCCAGAAUGCCACCAUCGAGUUCAUCGCACCCUCAGAAUACAUGGUAAAUACACAUUAUAUAGUCUUUUUAAGAUUGAUUGUCUAUUUAAAGCAAAUCUUUGCAUGUUAUUCUGCCUGAAAAUAUAUCUAUAUGUUGAAUGUUGCUCCCUUUAAUCAGCUAAUAAAAUGCAGAUGAAAUUAGCUGUGUGCUACUGCUGCUGUCUUCAUAAAGUGAUUCCAUCAGGCUUUAUGACACGCUUACAUUUUUUAUAAUUUACUGGCGUUUAUCUAGGAAACAUUUACAUGUUUUGUGUCCGCGUGUUUGUGUUAAUCUAUGUAUUGAUGGUGUGAAACCUGUCAUCCUCAGCUGAGACCCCCCCAGCCUGCUGUUUACCUCAUCGUGCUGGACGUAUCCCAUAAUGCUGUGGAAACAGGAUACCUAGAUGUCGUCUGUCAGUCACUGCUAGAGAACAUCAAUGCGUAUGUAUGAUUAACGUCACCACUGAAACACUGACAAAAAAGCUGAUUAGGCCUUUGCAGCAUGGUCAGUUUACUUAUGUUCUGGUCUUAAUGAACUAAAAACAUUUUAGUCAAGAAAACUCACUAGCUUUUAAGUGUUGUUUCGUCUCCAAUAACCCCAAAAUAAUGUAGCUUUUAACUAAAAAUAAAGUGUCCUGUGACUGUCUGCUGAACAAGUCCUUCUGCAUGCAUGUCUGUGUUCCAGGCUCCCUGGGGACUCGAGGACAAAGAUUGGCUUCAUCACAUUUGACAGCACCAUCCACUUCUACAACCUCCAGGAAACCCUGUCCCAACCACAAAUGCUCAUAGUCUCCGACAUCGAAGGUGAGAGUACAUUUAAAAAUAUAAUUUGCUGGAGCUCUUUAAAUUGCAUUGUGUUUGUGUUCCUUUUGUGUGUUCUAUUUGUUGCUGUUUAUUUUUGUCUUAUGAUAAAAACAAGGAGACUAAUUCACUACCUAGAAAUGAUCAAAUACUUUAAGAGGUCAAAAUAGUCUAAUGGUCUUCUAUGCUGUCUUUUCUUUUUCUCCAGAUAUAUUUUUACCAACACCAGACAGCCUUUUAGUGAACCUCAAUGAAUGCAAGGAGGUAAGGAGCUAAUAUUCCUCUGAGACGGGCUGAUACAAAAUGUAAAACGAAAAGGUUACCACUCAAAUCUGGCAGACUACUCACCACAUUGCAUGAAUGCAUCAAGACACACUCACAUUGGGUCACUUAGUUUUGCCUAAACCUCUCUUUAGCUCUGUUUUGCAUUACGAAACUUUAUGUAAAUGUCUUUUUAUUUGUGCAGCUGGUGCAGGAUCUGCUGAAGAGCUUGCCCCAGAUGUUUGGCAAGACCAUGGAGACGCAGUCUGCUUUGGGCCCGGCCCUGCAGGCAGCGUUCAAGCUGCUGUCGCCCACCGGGGGGCGUGUGUCCGUCUUCCAGACCCAGUUGCCCAGCCUGGGUGUGGGGGCCCUCAAGUCCAGAGAGGACCCCAACCAGAGGGCUUCAGCCAAGGUAGAGACCAGAGAGAGCCAGGGUCACACUGGUUUAUACAUUGUGCAUCUGAAAUUGCACCCUAUAGGUCCCAUAUGUAGGGAAUAGUGUGCCAUUUGGAACGCGGCCACGGUCUAUUUAAUUACCUGGUAAAGAGAAGUUGUGUGCACACCUGUUGUGCAGUGGCGGUUGAAACUUGAUAACUUCAAUACCUAAGAUAGGGUUUCAGACAUUUUCUUCAGCAUAAUAUACCCACUUUUUUUGUUUUGUUUUUUGUUUACAAUUGUCUGUGGUGCACAUUGUGUUGUGUGGUGGUUCCCCAGGAUAUCCAGCACCUGUCUCCUGCCACAGACUUCUAUAAGAAGCUGGCCCUGGACUGUUCAGGACAGCAGGUGGCUGUAGACCUGUUCCUACUGAGCUCCCAGUACUGUGACCUGGCCUCUUUAGGUGAGUGGUGCUGUCUGCCGCAUACAUCUGCACUACAAUGUGUGAUUAUUUACAAAGUUAUCUUAUUCCACAAGCAAUCAGUGCUUUGUGCAUGUCUCUGAUGUAUGUACAGUAUGUGUAUGUUGCUGUAUAUGUCUUGCUGGUGACAAAUCAAAUUUCCCCUUGUGGGAUUAAUCAUGUUUAUUCAAAUGCCAGAAAAUGACUCUUCAUAUAGAACAUCAUCCUCUGGCUGGAUUCAUGUGUAAUCUCUGCUUCAUCUUCUCUUUCCUCCCGUCAGGUUGCAUAUCCAGGUACUCAGCGGGAAGUGUGUACUACUACCCCUCCUACCACCAGCAGCACAACCCAGCUGGGGUAGAGUGCUUCCAGAAGGAUCUCAAGAGGUACCUCACCCGCAAGAUCGGCUUCGAGGCUGUCAUGAGGAUACGCUGCACUAAAGGUAAGAAGUAACUUUGUGCACUAUGCUGAUUUUAUUGUAUUAUGUGAUAUUUCAUGUGAAAGCAGCAGCACUUUAAUUGUCUGAGACAAAUUUCCCUUUCGGGGACAAUACAUCUUAUUGUAUCUUAAAUCUGUGUGUAAAGUAUUUGCUGAAGGAAAUCUCAAAAUGCUCAUUGAUUUAAGGAUACUGUUAACCCUUUAAACUUGGUGUUGUGUUCCAGUAGGUUUCUGUAUCUGGGAGGAAAAACUGUCGGUUAAAAUGUAUUUAACUCAAAUCUCUCUGACCCACUUCUAUAUCUAUUUUGCAUGUUGAUUAUUGUGAAAAUAAUGUUAAACUCUUACCCCUUAACCUCCGUGUAGGUUUGUCCAUCCACACGUUCCAUGGGAACUUCUUUGUGCGCUCCACGGACCUGCUGUCCCUGCCCAACGUGAACCCAGACGCAGGCUUCGCUGUGCAGAUGUCCAUUGAAGAGAACCUGGUGGACAUGCAGUCGGUCUCCUUCCAGGCUGCGUUGCUCUACACGUCCAGCAAAGGUAUACUGUCUGGAGCUGCUGUGGUGGGCUGGGGGACUCUGAGAUAGUAUAGGGGGGCUUUACCAAAAAGUCAUUAUUUUUGUGGGAUUUACUUGGUUUAGACUCACUCUGUACGUCCCAAAUAGCACCCUAUUACAUACAUAGUGCACUACUUUUUACCAGGACUCAAAAGGCUCUGCAAACAUUGUAAACAAUGUAAACAUUUUCUUUCUGAACUGCAAUGUAGUUUAUUUUUAUUUGUUUCCUUGACAAAUGUUAUAUUUCAGAUGUAUACACAUUGUAAUUCUGAAACAAUAACUUGUUGCUUGGUGUUGUAUUUCUACAGGAGAGAGAAGGAUCAGAGUCCACACCAUGUGUUUGCCUGUUGUCAACUCCCUGUCCGACAUCUUUGCUGGGGCUGAUGUCCAGGCCAUCACUGGUCUGCUGGCUAGCAUGGGUAGGUAGUUUGUUGGUAUUUGUGUGGUUAUUAAAGGCAUGUUUAUUUCCAUCACGGUGAAGUCCUUAGUGUGUCCCAUCAUCCUGUGAUCAUUUAAUGUCACAUAGUGAGAACAGGCUUGUCAUCCCCACAGUACCAUAGCUGCCUAAAGUGCAUGGACAGAUGGUCAUAAGUGAUAUCAGAUGGUUGCCUGGUUACCCGUGACCUUUGAGGAAUCCAAGUGGCAAAAUCAAACUGACUGUAGACUAAUCUUCAGAUAGUGUAUUGAUGGUUUUACUAGGUCUAUUCAGUCACUGAUUAAAUGUUAUUCUUCUAAAGAACCUACUGUAAUAUGAGGUACUAUUAUUAUUGAUAGUUUACCCUGAUUAUAAAGCAACAAUAAAUUAUUGAACCCAAUGGUUGCUCUUUGUAAUGAAGGCCAUGACUACAAACAUGUACUGUACAUUCAUGUAACUUGUGAAUCACAAUCCCUGAGACAAAAACGUAGCUGAGUUUUGAAUUCAGUUUCUUGUUCCUGACGUGUGUCUCCUCUCUCCAGCUGUGGAUCGCUCAGUGACGGCCAGUUUGAGUGACGCCAGGGAUGCGAUGACCAACGCGUCCAUCGACUCUCUGACGUCCUACCGCACCUCUGUACUCACCAUCCAGCAGCCUGGCUUGCUGGCCCCCGCCUGCCUCAGGCUGUUCCCCCUCUACAUCCUGGCCCUGCUCAAACAGGUACACUAUCCACCCACUCUCUCCCUGGCUAGUCCCCUGGCAGUCUACGGCUUCGUCCCAAAUGGCACCCUGUUCCCAUAGGGCUCUAGUCAAAAGAAGUGCACCAUAUAGGGAAUAAGAUGCUAUUUGGGACGAAACCUACCUCCCACCAAAAAGAGGCUAUUCCUGUAGUUCUAUUACAACUCGGCAUGGCUUAAGUCUUGGAACAGAAACCAGCUUCAAAACACCAUAAGAAAUCUAGUCAGUCAUAUAAACUGACAACGUAAGACCCAGCUACCGCUAUUGGCUUGGGUCUCUCCUUCGUGCUUUGCUCAUGUUGUUUUUGUUCUCUGUGACCCACAGAAAGCCUUCCGAACGGGUACAAGCACCAGGCUGGACGACCGUGUGUUUGCCAUGUGUCAGCUGAAGUACCAGCCCCUGGCAUACGUCAUGCUGAUGAUCCACCCAGCGCUGUACCGCGUGGACGAUCUGACUGACGAGGUGAGGGCUAGGGGAAACCCUGAUGUUCACACACCACAUGGCCAGAGCAUAGAUAAUACUAAUAAUAAGAGAAGCUAUAUUUUCUUGUAGUGUUAUAGUUUCUUGUUAUAUUUUAUUACGUCUUAUACACUCGGAUGAUUUAAAAAUGAUGUAACACAUACACUACAUGACCUCUUCUUUGAAGGCUUUCCACUAGACGUUAGAACAUUGCUGCGGGGACUUGCUUCCAUUCAGCCACAAGAGCAUUAGUGAGGUUGGGCACUGAUGUUGGGCGAUUAGGCCUGGCUCGCAGUCGGCGUUCCAAUUCAUCCCAAAGGUGUUCGAUGGGGUUGAGGUCAGGGCUCUGUGCAGGCCAGUCAAGUUCUUCCACACCGAUCUCGACAAACCAUUUCUGUAUGGACCUCACUUUAUGCACGGGGGCAUUGUCACGCUGAAACAGGAAAGGGCCUUCCCCAAACUGUUGCCACAAAGUUGGAAGCACAGAAUCGUCUAGAACGUCAUUGUAUGCUGUAGCGUUAAGAUUUCCCUUCACUGGAACUAAGGGGUCUAGCCAAAACCAUGAAAAACAGCCCCAGACCAUUAUUCCUCCUCCACCAAACUUUACAGUUGGCACUAUGCAUUGGAGCAGGUAGCGUUCUCCUGGCAUCCGCCAAACCCAGAUUCGUCCAUCGGACUGCCAGAUGGUGAAGCGUGAUUCAUCACUCCAGAGAAACCCAUUUCAUGAAGCUCCCGACAAGCAGUUCUUGUGCUGACGUUGCUUUCAGAGGCAGUUUGGAACUCGGUAGUGAAUGUUGCAACCAAGGACAGACUAUUUCUACGCGCUUCAGCAUUUGGCGGUCCCGUUCUGUGAGCUUGUGUGGCCUACCACUUCGCGGCUGAGCCUAUAGCGGGGCAGACAUUUGACAAACUGACUUGUUGGAAAGGUGGCAUCCUGUGAUGGUGCCACGUUGAAAGUCACUGAGCUCUUCAGUAAGGCCAUUCUACUGCAAAUGUUUGUCUAUGGAGAUUGCAUGGCGGUGCUCGGUUUUAUACAGCCGAAUCCAGUAAUUUGAAGGGGUUAACUCAGCUUCUCCCCUCCUCUUUUUCUCUCCCUACACCCCUCCACAGGGAGCUCUGAACAUCAUUGAGCGCACCAUACCCCAGCCCAGAGUCCAGCAGUUGUCUGUGGAGAAGCUGAGCAGAGAGGGGGCCUUCCUCAUGGACGCUGGCUCGGUUAGUAGCAUGACCAUGAUGAUGCAUUUAUGUGUUAGGGACAGAUACAAUUAAAACAUUGACACAUGAAUAAUCAAGUCUGAUGCAUUGCUUUAGCUUGCGCUCAUUUACAUGAUGAUGCUGAUUUUAUUGAGGAAUGUUUUUCUGUCAUUUGGCGUACAACCUAGAUAGUGUUGCAUAUCUAUCUACAGUGGAUUUUUCUGAAGAAAUGGACAGAUGGACAACAUGAACACAGUGUUGACUGACUUCUCCUUUCUCCAUCAGGUGAUCUAUCUCUGGAUUGGAAGAAACUGCAACCCCAACUUCCUCACACAAGUCCUAGGGGUCCCAAACUACGCUGCUUUGUCUCAGAACAUGGUGAGGAACCUAAACACCAGCUCCCCUUUUCACUGUCUCUCUGAGCCCAGCUCCACUGCUCCUGUCAAGGUUCUGUAUCGCUCACCAGGACCUCUGUGUAUUAUACUGUAUUUACAUGUGGUAGUUGUAUCUCGUUUGACUUGCAUCGUAUCUACAGUAUUUAUGUUGCACUAAAUAUAGUGCUGUUUAAAUGAGAUGCACAACAGAUUUCCUGAAAGGGGCACCAUAAAGAUAUUAUUAUUUUAUUAUAAUGAUGUGUUGAAUCUCCUAGAACAUGCUCCCAGAGUUGGACACUGCAGAGUCCCAGAGAACCAGAGCGUUCGUUGGCUGGCUGAGGGAACAGAGGCCCUUUUUCCCCAUCCUGCAUGUCAUCAGGUAGGCAGUAGGAACAGUGGUGUGACUUUACUAGAUGAGAGCACUGGGAGAGUUCAGAGGCAAUGUCUGCGUUCCAAAUGGCACCCUAUUCCCCUUAUCAUUCACUACUUUUGACCAGGGCCGUUGAGCUCUGGUCAAAAGUAGUGUACUGCAUAGGGAAUAAGGGGCAAUUUGGGUUACAAUGUUUGAUGUUUGCCUUGGGUAAACAAAGCCCAAAAUAGAAUGAAUAGUAUUUAGAGCAGGUUGAACUCAUUGACAACGUGUUGACAGCCUACGGAGAGUUUUGCUGACCUGUCAAACAGCUCAGAGGGCAAUUCUGCAAGAGACGAUGAGUAAAUGUUGUGGAUCCAACCUUCCUUUUCUGUUCCCUUUCAGGGAUGAGAGCCCACUGAAAGCCAGCUUUUUGCAGAACAUGAUAGAGGAUCGGACAGAGUCGGCCUUGUCUUACUAUGAGUUUUUACUCCAUGUUCAACAGCAAGUCUCCAAGUAA